CGCGCCCGCCUUCCCCUUCCCCGUGUACGGCAGCCCCGUGGCUGCCCCGCCCCCGGCGGAGCACAGGCCCCUGCCCAAGGACUACAUGGUGGAGUCCGUGCUGGCCACCCUCUUCUGCUGCCUGCUCACCGGGCUCGUCGCCAUCGUGUACUCCCACGAGACCCGUGCAGCCCUGGGCAGGGGCGACCUGGCCCAGGCCGAGGCAGCCUCGCGGAAGGCCCGCUCUCUGGUGCUGUUCAGCCUGCUCUUCGGGGUCUUCGUGUCCACCAGCUGGGUCAUCUACGUGGUGGUGGCACUGUACCUCCCCUGAGGAUGCCUCGGGGGGAACCAGCCUGGCCAGCCCCUCCCUGUGGACUCGGAGCCCCGCCGGUGACCGGCCGUCGCCUACAGAGCGGACCCAGGGCCCAGAUGAGGGUGAGCUCAGCAGCCUGGACCUCAGCCCCCGCCGCGGCUCGCUGAGGCCCGGGCAGCGUCCUGACCUGAGGGGCCCCGGAGCCCGGACCCCGCGUGGGACAGGGCUGUUUCCCAGGCGCCGGCUCCCAAGGUCUUCCAGGGACUCUUGCCUUUGCCUUCAUCCCUCAGAGGCCGUGGGAAGGACUAAAGCCCUCACUGUCUUCAGAGCCAUCUGGAAGGACUUUGCCACCCCCGGCUCCCCUCAAUCCACCCCAGGGACUUGGGGGCGAUCUGGCUGCCCGUGUUUAGUGGCGAGGAGCUGCCCCUCCUUCCCUCCCUAGUAACUCCCGGCUGGUUGUCCCGCACCUGCCCAGCCAGAGACGGGGUCUUUCACGCGGACCCCACCGUCUGUGCCCGCUCGGUCAGCAGAGAGCAACACCCCGUGCAGAGCUUCACGGUGCUGCUGCGGGGCGCAAGUGGCAACACCCGCCCACAGCUGGGCUCCAGGGCUCCCUGCCCGCCCCUCUUGGGGAUCCGUGGGCACACCGAGGAUCCGCGUGUUGCUCACGCUGCAGCGCCACUGAGCCCUGCUGCUGCCUCGCCUGGACCCGUUUCUGCCGGGGCGGGGGCAGCUUAACUAGAAACAUCUCUCCCCGCCUCGGCUUCUGCUUACUGCUUCUUGGGGCCUUUCAGCUUCUGCCUCACCCCGCCUUAGCUUUCUGCUCGCUUGUGCGCUCUGUCUCUAACUUCAUGGCCCAAACUGGAGGGUCAGCUGGGCCCCCCGCUGGUGGCUGCCCCCGCAGCCUGCAGAGCUGCACCUGGGUGCUCAGGUCUGCUGCCUGGAGCCCCAGGCCGGUGAGGUUUGGUCCUGAGGACCCUCCAUUUAAACAGGAUUCCAAACCACCGGUAGAGGGAGAAAGGGAAGGGGGACCCCUGGCGAGCCAUGAAGGAUCCGCAGCUCGCA